UUUUUUUUUUUUUUUUUUUUUGGUGUUUCAAAUGAUUCGGCAUGUUGCUGCCGUUUUUGCCGUUCUAACGUUUGUGAAUGUAAUGGCGAAUGGAGAAAAGGGAUGUGAUUUGUACAAAGGGGAUUGGGUUCUCGAUGAAUCUUAUCCUUUGUACGAUUCAGACAGAUGCGGCUUCAUUGAGAGACAGUUUAAUUGCAAGGGCAGUGGUCGACCAGACACAGAUUAUCUCAGGUAUAGAUGGCAACCCUCCAAUGGCUGUGUCCUUCCAAGAUUCGACGGUCGUGAUUUCUUGAGAAGAAUGAAAGGGAAGAGCUUGAUGUUCGUAGGUGACUCACUGAGCCUAAACCAAUGGCAAUCCCUCACUUGCAUGCUUCAUACCUCCGUACCUAACGCCACUUUUACCUCCAAACGCUUCCUCGGUCUCUCCACAUUCACCUUUCCCGCCUACAAAGCGAGAGUGAAAUUCUCUAGGAACGCAUUCUUGGUGGAUAUAGUGGGUAAGCCGCCGAAGCGAGUGCUGAAACUGGAUUCGAUCUCGAGUGGGUCGCUGUGGAAAACCGCCGACGUUUUGGUUUUCAACAGCUGGCACUGGUGGCUUCACACCGGAAGAAAACAACCAUGGGAUAUGAUGGAGGAGGGGAACGUAACGGUGACAGACAUGGACCGGCUCGUGGCGUAUGAGAAAGCGUUGAGGACAUGGGCCAAGUGGGUGGACGAGAACGUUGACCCUUCUCGCACUCAAGUCUUCUUCCAAGGUGUUUCCCCUGACCAUGCAAACUCAAACGACUGGUCGGAACCGGGGUAUAAAGGGUGCAGAGGAGAGACGACGCCAUUGAUGGGGAGCUCGAGCUAUCCAGCAGGGUCCCACCCGGCGGAAAUGGUGGCGGAGAAAGUGAUAGGGGAGAUGAAGAAUAAGGUGAAGUUGCUCGACGUGACGUUUCUGUCGCAGCUAAGGAAAGAUGGUCACCCCUCCGUCUUUGGACUCGGAGGCCACCGAGUUGCAGACUGCAGCCACUGGUGCUUGGCCGGGGUUCCCGACACGUGGAACCAGCUCUUGUACGCCGAGCUGUCCCAUUGAUUUUGAAAAACUUUUGGGGAUGAUCGAUUGAAAAAAAAAGAAUUUGUUUUAGAUUUGUAACGAAGAAG